CUUCAAGCAUGUAAUUAUCUUAUAAAUUAGUCCAUAUCAAUUGCAUUCAUUUCAUUUUUCACAAGACAAGCGUACGCAAUUCGGACUUAAUCUGUGUCCCGACGAAUGAGGAAGGUAAAGUACGGAUACCACUUGCAUAAGUCUCAUUAUUACUUGUCAUGAGACUACACCGAUUUAUUUUCCCGAUAUCUGUUCUAAUUAUUUCUAUAAACCGGCCUAAGGAAAGCAAAUUUCCUAGACAUCAUGAGCCGUCACGUUUUCUCGCUUUUACUGCUAUGUCACGCUGGCACCUCUGCCCCAGUAAAUUCGAGCGUAGCGUGACAAACCCGCCACUGAAGAGCUUCUGUCGUGCUUCGUUCACUAGUCACGAAAACUUCGUCACAUUUCUAUCUGCGAAUUACCACAAUGAACUUUUUAAGGCGACUGAUUCCACGAACGAAAGUAGAUAUUGAAGAAAAGUUUGUUUUAAUUACGGGCUGCGAUUCCGGUUUCGGUCGUGAAACAGCCGUUCGACUGGAUAAGUUGGGAGCUUGUGUCUUGGCGACUUGUUUAACGAAUGAAGGUGAACAGAGUUUGAAAUCUGUGGGGAGCGACAGAUUGAAAACUUUUCAGAUGGAUGUGACGAGCUCGCAACAAAUCAAGGAGGUCUACAAAGAAGUUGAGAGACAGAUUCCUAGUAACACAGGAUUGUGGGGCCUCGUAAAUAAUGCUGGAAUCGCAUAUCUGGGUCCCGUUGAAUGGACACCGCUGGAACAAUUUAAACGUACCGCCGACGUUAAUCUCUGGGGGACGAUUGACGUCACUAAAACUUUUCUACCGCUGGUGCGAAGAGCCCGGGGACGAGUUGUAAACUUCUCAAGCGUUCUUGGUCGAGUAUCCCCAACAAUGUUAGGAUCUUACGCAGUGACGAAGUACGGUGUGCAAGCAUUUUCGGAUGCUUUCAGACGAGAGAUGGAUCCUUGGGGAACGAAAGUUAGCAUAGUGGAACCCGGUGGAUUCCGUACUGAAAUUAUUAGAGGAGGCAAAGGAGAGAGACAGAUCCAAGAAGGAUGGGAUGACUUGAGCGAUGAACUAAAACAAGAAUAUACAGAAAAAGGUAUUAAGUUGUUUUUACCAAUGCGCCCUUCACCUCAUACCCAUAAAGUUGUCGACGCCGUUGUAGAAGCUUUGACGUCACAGUCACCACGUGACCGUUACUUGGUUGGUUUGGACACCCCGAUUUAUGCGUGGUUGGCAAGAUUUCCAGCUGUUUACGCGGAUGUCAUCAUCAACCUUCUGUCCAUUAGGAUCCCUCUGCCACCAAAAUUUAGAGAAAAUAAGUGAGCUGUGAAUUGAGCGGCAAUAAACGUCUCUACUGAAUUUAAAGCAUCUGUGAUCAUGAAAAGGCUUGGAACUGGAGAAUACUGAACACAACAACCCAAAGGGUCGAAGAACUCGUUGUUCUCAGAUUGUGAGAUGCCAAUUUGCAAGUGCUUGUUAAUCACUCCGUGUUAACGACAAUCCAUGAUGUGGAAAGGGUUCCAGAUUUCAGUCUCUAUGGCCAGUAACAGAAGUUUAUAACCUGUACAGCUAUAGCUUAUAAGCUUCUGUCUGUAACCAUUAGCGUUUAUACCUGCAUGGGUUAAUUAAGUAGCAAAUUUUAUGUUCUAGAUUUUAUUCUUUAUAAUUUAGACUCUCAAGUGAAUUCAAGAACGAUACUUUUUUUUCUAUUUUAAGCUAGAAAAUGACACCCAGGUGUUCAGAUGGGGCUUCCAAGAUAUUUCAGACUUCUUGUUCUACUUUUAUUCAGUGAUUUUUGUUCUUCCAUUAUGAGAUCUCUGUUUUUUAACAAAGUGAUGCUCUUUGUGUUGAUCAAUUUAUUGUCAGAUAGGCAAAAAAGUUUUCUGCCUUUCUCAGUGGGUAAAGCUCUCAUCAAGUGUGGAAAUUGAAUUUAAUUGCCUUCCACAAGGCUACCCAAAUAUUGAAAGGCAUAGACUCUUGCCAAAGAAAAUUAUGAAUAAAAAAAUACCCAUAAAUAGCAAGUU